AUGUCCAAAAACAACGCAAAAGUUCACAUGUGUAUUGGAGAUUUGAGCAUGGAUGCCUCAUCUAAUGGUGACACUUGCCGAUUUUUAUUGCUAGUUGACCAUGAAUUUGCGUCCCUACAUUAUGGAGAAGCAGGGCCGUGCGCCCUUGCUCGGCAUAUCAGUUGCAUUGAAAAGGCAUUCGAAGAUAAUGUCGUUGUGGGCGCGACAACGCUUUGCCAGGCCAUCUUGAGUGUCGAGCACAAGUGUCGCAUUUCAUUUGUCGAGCGUAUUCCCUGCACAAUGCGCUCAAAUGCCGCCAGUGCUGCGUACGAACUGGCCGCCUUUGAACACGAUGAAUCGACAAAUACGGAAUCUGAUCGAUCCGUUGCGGCAUUGUUGAAUUUUUCGCAGCUUGUUAUAUUUGUGGCGACGCGUAGCGACCCUAGGGUUGGCUUUGAAAAGCUGCGUGCUCACUAUUUUAGUGGGCUUUCGGACGAACUGAAGGGCCUAUAUACUAAGGUUGAAACCCGAUAUUUAGCUUCCAUUUCCUCGUCGACAUCUUCCACGGCAGCUGGCCCAGGCCAACCAAGAGCACCCAAUUUUGCCAACAUAAUAUCAAAUGUUAUUGGCAGAAUGCUCCACCCAGGCCCAUCCACUUCGGUAUCCGCUGCAACACCGAGAAGUCAAAACGAAGGGUCUGAUCCAGAUCUGGACUAA